UCCAAUGAAAUUGACAAAUCUACGUGGCACAAAUUGACGUUUUUCCUCGAUUUGAAUUGUUCAGAGGCAUCAGACGUUUUGAAAAAAGCAAACGAUUCCGGACUCUUCUCCGGACCCAUCAAGUGGUUAAUCUUUCGAGACAUAGGAAGCGAGGAGUACGACUUGUCCGAAAUUUUCGGUGACUUGGGCGUUUUCGCCGACAGCGAGAUCUUGAUUCUCCAGAGGAUAUCGGACGAUCGAGCGUCGAUUUCGUCGCUUUACAGACCAAGCAUGGCGCGAGGCAUCAAGGUGGAGAGUCGCGGAAACUGGAUAAGUGGCGAGGGAAUUCGCGUGUACGAUCGUCACGUCGCUUCGCUCAGACGUAGAGAUCUGCAGAAGAUCCAACUGAAGACGACGAUUGUUGUAACGAAUCCCGACACGCUGAAUCAUUUGACGGAUUAUCGUGACGUACACGUGGACACGAUCACCAAGUCGAAUUACUUCUGGCUCAAUCAUCUCGCUUCGGCUAUGAACGCUACGCUGGCUUAUAAUGUGGUAAACAGCUGGGGCUACCGCGACAAGAGCAACGGCUCUUGGAGCGGCAUGAUGGGCCACUUGAGCCGCAAAGAGAUCGACAUUGGCGGCACCUGCAUGUUUCUCACGGCCGACCGAAUGGACAAUGUCACGUACAUACCCCUGGCCACGCCGACCAGGCUGGCUUUCAUAUUUCGUCAACCACCCCUGUCGUUCGUGAGCAACCUGUUCACUCUGCCGUUCCGUCGAUCCGUCUGGAUAGCCAUUGGGAUUUUGCUGUCGGUCAUCGUGCUGAUGCUGCUGCUGGCCUCUCGCUGGGAAUGGUUGACCAAGCAGACGCACGCCAGCGAGCCGACCCUCAGCGACAAUCUGCUGCUCGUGAUCGGUGCUGUGGCUCAACAGGGUUUCGGAUUCAAUCCGCUCACCGUACCGUCGAGGAUCGUCUUGUUGAUGCUGCUGCUGGCGGUGCUGAAUCUCUACGCCUCGUACACGGCCAACAUAGUCGCCUUGCUGCAGUCCACCACCAAUUCCAUACAAACGCUCAGGGACCUACUGGAGAGCCCGAUCAAAUGCGGCGCUCAAGAUAUCGUCUACAAUCGUCACUACUUCAAGCUGGAAAGGGACCCGAUCAGGCGGCGCAUCAUCGAUCAGAAAAUCGUCCCGAAGAGCGGCAAGUCCAACUGGAUGACGGCCGAGGAGGGCAUCGGUGAAGUGAGGCGGGGCUUCUUCGCCUUCUUCAUGGAGAUCGGGCCCGCUUACAGGAUCAUACAGGAGACGUUCGAGGAGGACGAGAAGUGCGGCUUCCGCGAGAUGUACUUCAUCGAGCACUUCGAUCCCAUGUUCACGGUGAUCAAGCAGUCGCCUUAUCUGGAGAUCAUCCGAGUCAACGCCUUGAAAAUCGAGGAGUCGGGCCUCAAGUCACGAGAGAUGUCGAAAUUUUACACGAAGCGACCACCCUGCAACGGGCGCAGCAAAUUCAUCAGCGUCGGCCUAAACGAGUGUUACUUUGCAUUCUACACAAUAGCCUGCGGUUUGCUUCUCGCUCUCGGUCUCCUUGUCCUCGAGUUGCUCUGGAUGAAAUGGGGAUCGGUGCAGCGUAAAAUCAGCGAGUGACACGACCCGACUGCUG